AUGUCCAUGUCUAACCAUCGAUUGAUAGAAGGUGCCGUUGAAUCUUCCACCGUAGACCACGACGACUUCGCAGCUACCGAGUGGGCAAUACGAAACACUCUGAACAAUUUAUUCUCCACUCUAAAAAACAAAGAUAUGCACCAAAAGCUGAAGUUGAAACAAUAUACAACAAUUCACAACUUCUUUGUUUCAAUAACUCUGCAAGAUCACGACAAUCUAAAGGAAAUAGCUAGACUGACCAAAGUUGAUAACUUCGAUAACGGCACUCGAGUUUUUAUUACACAAUUAAACGAAGUAUUAGAUGAAGACAAUAAAAAUCCGCUGCAGCUGAACGAGUUGCAAAGUGGACGUCGCAUCUUCGGAGGGCAUGAAGCAAAGAUUGAACGGUUCCCAUUCAUGGCCAGUGUGCAGUUCUUCAAGAAGUUCCAAUGUGCCGGCUCCAUCAUCAAAUCUGAUGUAGUUGUCACUUCGGCUUCAUGUCUGCAAUUAGCUUGGAACAACCGAUUCUUCAACGAAAACCCAGCCUUCCUAUCUUUACAAGUAGGCAGCACUUUCAACGAACACGGCGGGGAGAACAUCCCCGUGCUGGAGAUACAUUUCCAUCCGAAUUAUGAACCUAAGACAUUGGGUAAUAAUCUGGCGCUGUUGAGGAUGGUAAGAGCACUGUCGUUCGGAAAACGAAAGAAGAAAAUAAAGAGGAUAGAGAUAGAUACAAAUCCGUGGCCGCUGCCUUCAAAUACUGACGGAAUCACUAUCGUUGGAUGGGGAGCAAAGGGUCUCAACAACCACAUUAUUGAACAAGCUCGGAAGAAUAGACUGACGUAUGCUGUUCUAGACUUUUAUCCAUAUGCAGAGUGUCAGGAAAUAUAUUCCAGGGAGUUCGUGACGCGACAUAACUUCUGCGCUGGAUUCUUCUCGAAGGGCGGUGGGGCAUGUAACCGUGACGCAGGGGGUCCAGGCGUUGCAAGCGGCAUUCUAGUAGGUGUUGUAAGCUUCGGUUCUCCGAGCUGCGGAGCUCCUGACGCUCCCACUGUAUUCACUAAACUGGGCUACUACAAUGACUGGAUAGAGCAAGUCAUAGAACAGGAUGUACCUUCUGGAAGAGUCUAUACAACAAGCUUACCGUCUAAAAGAUUGACAACAUUGCAUUUACCUCCUACUUAUGUACAUAUAACUGCAAAUCUUAAUAUAACGCCAAUAAAUGAAGAUUCAGACCAACCCCCAGAAGUGGCUGCAAAAGGAUCAAAAAAUGCAAUUAGAACGGGACGAGAGGAUUUUACAGAAUUCAUUGAAACAAUAUUUGAUAGCGAAGAACUAACUGAUCCAUCUAGCUAUGAUCUAGAAUCAAACAGUGAGGAGGAUACGGGGGACAUACAGGUUAAAAAGAAGAAAAACAAAAAGAAGAAAAUGAUAACGAAAAAGAAAUCAAAACGUAAAUCUGAACGGAAAAUUAUCAAGAGUGCAAAGAUAACAGAUCACGAUCGAGGUAAAUUGAGUACUACGAAGACUAAGGCAGUAAAAAUGCCAUUACGCCAAAGACCUGCCAUAGUACCUACUACUUCUGCGGUGAACAAAAUUCAAAAAACAAGAGUCACUAAGAAGUUAGUUAAGGAAUAUGAUAUUUUUGCGUCUGAGGAAAUGAUUACAUCAUCUCACAUGCAACCUAAAUCUAAAAGUCGAUCCGAUGACAGUUACGGUGGUGAUAGUGAUAACGAUAAAGAAAAUCUUGAUGUUUACAGUGAUGAUGAUGAUGAUAAUAAUUAUGAAAAUCAAGAAAGUUCUGAAGACCAACAAAAAGUAGAAGAAGUUAUUGAGGAUCUGGUGGAUAACAUAAAACUAAAUGAAAUCCUGGGAUCAGGUGAAAGUUUACUUGACGAUAGUGAACGUGAGAUCGCAAAAUUGAUCAAAACAAACGAUAAACAUAAAAAAAAUAAGUUGGUUGACAAAAAUCCUUAUUUGCUGGACAUUACGAAAAAAAGAGUGGAUAAUAGUAACUUAGAAAAUAAAGAUCAAAGUAAGACAGACGACUACGAUACAAGUUAUGAAAAUGAUGGAGAAGACGAUAGUGAAAAUGAAAGCAAUGCAGGGCAAGGUAUUUCUUUGGACUACACACAUUUAAAUAGUAAUAAUAAAAAGAAAAUACCAGAUGAAGUUGACAAUAAAGAUAUAAAGAACAUCGAUAAACACGUCAAAGGAAAGAAAAAGAAAAAGACAAUUGCAAUACAAGAAAAAGAGGGAGACCUCACUAUGAAGAAAAAGAUACACAAAAUCCUUAGUAAAGGUAAAGUGGACGAAUCCACUAAUAAAUACGAAGAGGAUAAAGUUAAAAGAAGAGAUAAUCAAGUUAUCGCCAAAUAUUUGGAAGAUCUAAGAGCCAGAGUAGUUAAAAAUAAGAAAGACGAAGUUAACAAAAAAGACGUACAUAAAAAAGGCAUUUCAAAGAAACAAAAACAUCAGGAUAAAAAUAUAGAUGAUGAAACCAUUCAUGCUAAGGAAAAGCAAGAGCAAACUAAUGAAAACGUAGAGGAUGAAAACUCAAUUCUUAAUAAAUUAAAAACGCAGCUAUAUAUGAAAAAUAUUGAACAUAUCAUUAAGAAAAAGAAAAAUGUUAUGGCCAGUAAAGAUGCUGUAGUUCAAGACUCUAAAACUAAAGAUAAGAAAAAGCAAUUUGUCAACACGAAUUCGAAAAUAGAGAUUGACGAAGAUUACGAAAAUGUGUCGAUUAACAAGAGAAAUAAAAAUUUAAUGAUGGAUAAAAUCCAAGAGCUAAUGAAAAUCAAAACCACAGCAACGUAUUCUAGUGAUAAUACCGAUGAAGAAGAUAAUAAUUCGGACGUUAAUAAAAAGAAGAAGUUGUCCAGUGACUCGGAAAUACGACAAUAUAAAGAAGAUAGCCCUGUUAAUAAGAAGAAAGAGUUAGAAUUACAACCAAAAAAUAAAGAUGAUAUAGAGAAUAAAAGUGAUGAUAAUGUAGAAGAUAGUAAUGAUUCCACGGAUAUAGUUACUAAAAAUAUUAAAAAAGACAACAAUAAAGUUAAAUUAGACGAAGAUAAUGAUGGAGGCAAUUCGAAUGAUGAAAGUGGAGAAGAAAAAGUAGCGAAUCAAAUGAAAAAUAAACAGAAGAAAAAUAUCAGUAAAGGAAAUCGUAAUAUUACUGAAAAUCUGUUCAAUAUUAUAGUCAGAUCUGGUGACAUUUAUAAAUUGCUUUUAGGGAACACAGGCUAAAGUAAAGUAUUAAUGUUUAUUAGACUUUCAGUUUUAUAAUUGCUGUUCUGUGCAAUGACUACAGAUGGUAAACAGCUAAAGAAAUUAUCAAUUU